GGCGGCGCGGGCUGCGGGCGGCGGCGGCCAUGGCGCGGCGGCGGCCCUGCUGAGGCCGCCAGCUCCGCGCGCCAGGAGGCGGCCGCGCGAGGCGGCCCGGGCCGGGCGGCAGCAUGCGGAGCGGCGAGGAGCUGGACGGCUUCGAGGGCGAGGCCUCGAGCACCUCCAUGAUCUCGGGCGCCAGCAGCCCGUACCAGCCCACCACCGAGCCGGUGAGCCAGCGCCGCGGGCUGGCGGGCCUGCGCUGCGACCCCGACUACCUGCGCGGCACGCUCGGCUGCCUCAAGGUCGCCCAAGUGGUUCUAGCCCUGACUGCAUUCAUCUGCAUCGAGACCAUCCUGGAGUGCUCCCCGUGUGAAGGCCUCUACUUCUUUGAGUUUGUGAGCUGCAGUGCGUUCGUGGUGACGGGCGUCCUGCUGAUCCUGUUUAGUCUCAACCUGCACAUGAGGAUCCCGCAGAUCAACUGGAACCUGACUGAUUUGGUCAACACUGGACUGAGCACUUUCUUUUUCUUUAUUGCUUCAAUAGUCCUGGCUGCUUUAAACCACAAAACUGGAGCAGAAAUUGCUGCCGUGAUUUUUGGCUUCUUGGCCACGGCAGUAUAUGCAGUGAACACCUUCCUGGCGGUGCAGAAAUGGAGAGUCAGCCUCCGGCAGCAGAGCGCCAGCGACUACAUCCGAGCCCGCACUGAGUCCAGGGACAUGGACGGUCGGCCUGAGAUCCAGCGCCUGGACACGUGAGGCGCUGCCGGGGCCGCCUCCCACGCUCGCCCCGGCCCUCCUCGCACUCGUGUCUCCCCGCCCUCGUCCUGCCGGAGUUGCGUGUGACUCAGUUACAUUUUGUCCUCUUGGGAGCAGUCUUUCUGGAGAACGGGUCUUCGGAGUGGCCCUGGGGCUGGCUCUGGGAGGCCGCGAAGCCCCGUGAAGCCC